AUGUCGUCGUUUCUUGCUCGUCGCGCGUUGACCGCCAGCGCCCGCUCCUUCUCGACCUCAGCAACACGAAACUCGUUCGCGAAAAUGACUAUUGUCGGCAGAUUGGCAGAUACACCGGAAUUGCAGGCGACUAGCACAGGCAGGGAAAUUCUCAGAUACGCUGUUGCCACAAACUCGGGGCCUCGCGAUAACCAGAAAUCCAACUUCUUUAAGGUCACUGGCUUUUUACCCGAAGGGUCGUUCAGAGAUUUCAUCACCACCUUGGAUAAAGGGACUAUGGUAUACGUCGAAGGAGAAGUGUCUUUCUCCAACUACGAGGAUGCCGAGGGGAACAAGAAACAAUCACUGAACAUUGUGCAACAAAAAUUCGAGGUUCUCAGCUCAAGAAAAGCACAAGAUGGUGCAUCGCAGUAA